AUGGAGAGAAUGGAGGAAUGUGAGCGAUAUAUUAGAGGAUACAGCUUAAAUGAUGAGGGAGUUGCAGACCAAAGUCAGGACCCACUUAGGACCCAGAACCAGGCCUCCAGUUCCUCCAUUUCAUGGAUAUAUGACUCGGUGGCUACCUCCACUAUUCCGGAAAAGGCCUUCCACACCCUCUAUGAAGCAGCUAAUGGCCCUCUCAAUGGGCCCCUAAAUCCUUCACAUAACAUAAUCCCGAGCUUCCACAAACUUAAAGCCACCCUCCCUCAUUUCCCUAAUAUCUCCCCUGAACCUCUCCCCUAUCCUGAUGACCAGUUAUUUGUAGACGGCUCCUCUUCCAAGUCAGUUGACUCCCAUAAAAUCGCUGGAUUAAAAGCAGCCCCACUGACCCACCAACUGCCCUCCUCUGCUGAUUCUCCAGCACCCUCCUUAGUCCAACCAAACUCCGCCUUACACCCUUUGAGGAAAAUCCAUGAGCGGCCGAGUAAGAGGACUCAGUACCCGGAAUACCUUGACUUCAUUAAAGAAGUGGGCUUUGCCUGUGGGUUUCACGUAGAGGAAGACUGCCUUGGGAUUCCUUCAACCGAAAGAGUCUGUCUUGUUGGGAAAUCCAGAACAUACCCUCCCUCCAGAGAAGCUUCCAUGGAUGAAAAGAGGACUCAGUACAUUAAGAGCAGGCCGGGCUGCCCUGUAAGCCCACCUGGCCAGGAGCUUACCCUUUCUCCACCCCGGGUUGCUGCUGACAGUGCUGGUCACUAUGACAGCCACGAAGCUGUGGACGCUGGGGUCUGGCGUGCAGCCGAGGCCCGGGCUGCCGAGCACGGCGCACGGCCCCAGGCCGAAGGCCCCUGGCUACCUGGAUGUCACCCCAGAGGAAAGGCUGAGCGCGUGAGGAACUGUGCCGCCCUCUCGCGAGAUUUUAUUGACCACGUGGUUUUGCAGGCGGCGAAUUUACUGUUAGGAAAGCAAUUAAACACAAGAAGUUCUCGAAAUGGGAGUGUGAAGACCUGGAGUGUGGGGGAGAGCCUUUCCCUGGCAGAAGUAGCCAGUGAGCUGCACGCGGAGACGCUGCGGAGGCUGAAGCGGGAGUGUGCGGGUCUGCAGACGCUGCUCCCGAAGCACCAGGUGUUCCGAGUUGUGAACGGCGGGCUCACACCCGCACGGAGCGAGGAGACGCUGCGGAGGACAAAGCAACCGCAAGCGAAACCGAGACUGCUCUCCAAAGCCUGCAGAACCCGCCACUGCUGGUUCACGCAUCACCCCGGCGGCUGUGCUCUGUCCGCGGACUGCUGCCCGUUUGCCCACGGUCCUGCAGAGCUGCGGCUGCCUGGGACCCCAGGAAGAUUUCCUGAGCUGCGUUCUGGUCGGGGAGGCCAAACCAAGCAGAACUUCCCCAGCAAUCCUCAGUGCUCCUAUCUCUGCACUGGCUGUGUUCCAGCACACCUCCUCCCACCUUCUCCAGAUCCUGACGGUGAUAAACCGUAUUUCAUAAACAUCAUAAGCCACAGAAGCCACAGUUCCUUAGAAGCUCCCAGCUGGGUGCCCAGUUUGUUUCAGAUGCAGCCACUUAAGAUCGUGCACAGAUUCUUACAGUGUUUCCUGGGGGAGAGAGGCUGGGGACACCGUGCACAGGCCCCUCCCAGGGCGCUCUCCCUAUGGCUGCGCCACCACGUCCACGUCUGUGAAGAGGAUGGGGCUCCUCCAGAAGUAUGA